CACCGAUAUGCGUUACUCUUUUUUGCUUCUAACUUUCUCCUUUUUUUUUGUUCUUUUUCUUUUCUAAACAUUUUUUCUUUUUAACCUCCUUUCCUAUAAAAUAUAGAUACAAAAAAAAAAAGAAUGGAUGUGGAUGCGAAAUCAAAACGAAAAAAGGUGUCUUUAGCUUGUGUGUUUUGUAGAAGAUCACACAUGACUUGUGACGAAGGUCGACCUUGUCAACGAUGUUUGAAACGAAAUAUAGGAUCCAUGUGUCACGAUGAAGCUAAAUCCACCGUGAAAAAAGUCUUGAACCACGAAAAACGAAAGAAUAGCUCCAGCAGCUGCAGUGAAAGCAGCAGUAGUGAAGGAAGCACAGCAUGGACUGAGCCUACUCCGACACGGAGGAAUCCACUUGGUAACAGCGAAGUUCAUAUUUUAAACGAAUUUAUUGAUGGCAUGUCAAAAAAGAAUGAUGUACAAGACCAAUUCUUUUUAACCGCAGCAGAUCCAAAAGAUGGCAACUUAGAAGAUCGAUUGAACGAAGUGAUUAAUGCGAAGUACCAAGCGGGCUUUUUAAAGCCAUAUAAUUAUGUCAAUGGAUACGCUCGACUUCAACGCUACAUGGAACAACAUAUGUCAUCUGACAGUCGACAACGUAUUUUAAAUGUAAUGGGCAUGUUCCGACCUACUUUCCGUGAUGUUGCACAAUCCUUGACGGACAUUGAUUUAAUACUGGUAGAAGAGUCGUUCGAACGCUUAUUAUUGGAUUACGAUCGAGUAUUUAGUGCCAUGGCUAUUCCUGCAUGUUUAUGGCGAAGAACAGGCGAGAUUUACAAGGGAAACAAAGAGUUUGCAGAUCUGAUCAAUGUACCAUUUGAUAAACUACGCGAUGGACAAUUGUGUAUUUAUGAAAUCAUGGCUGAAGACUCCAUUGUGAAUUAUUGGGAGAAAUAUGGAAACAUAGCAUUUGACCCUAAACAAAAAGCUGUCUUGACUUCAUGCCUACUCAAUUAUCAAUUAAGUCCUGAUGAAGAACCACCAAAAAAGAGAAAGAACCUUGCCAUGUCCUGUUGCUUUUCUUUUACUGUGAGACGAGAUAAAUUUAACAUUCCGACUGUUAUCAUUGGCAAUUUCUUACCAAUAGAAUCGUAAUACCCCUCCUCCUUCAACCUCUUAUUUUUUCUUGUACAUAUCUCAAAUUAAAACGAUCUUUCUUUAUUAUUAAACAU